UGUGCCUAGGGCAAGGGCACUUGUUUUUAUUUUGUAGUGACUGGCAAACCUUGGAGUACUCCUCGGCUGCAAAGCUCCCACUGCAGUAGAGAUGAUCCUUGUCUUUACCACUGAGCCACUACAAGUUGAGAUGAACACUGACCAGAGGCAGUAUCUUCUUGCUGUAGCUCUCUCACCAAGAGAUAUUUUCGAGUUGAAGUUUAAGGUGAAAUGUCUCAAACUUUCCACACUAUCAGCUCAUCAGAUGAGAAUUCAAAUGAGAGCUUACCUGAUCUUGAGACCCGUAUACUCAACAAAUUACAAAAGUCACAAACUCCAGUAGCUGUUCAUACUUUGAGUGAUAGUGAUGAGGACGAUGAAGUAUGCAAAAACGAAAAUGUUUCCGAAGGUAAAAUCAGUGUCAAACUUUGUGCUGAUGACGGUCUUGACAUCCUUCAGUGCUCCAGAAAAUCGCAAUCUUGUUUACCAAAACACUUGAAGUUUCCUUCACUUGAAACAGGAAAGCGAGCUAGUACAGAUCCUUUUGAUGAAGAGCUGCCAGAUAUUCAAACUUCACUCAACUUUCAGGAAAGCAAAAGAGUGCAGACCCUUUGA